AAAAAAAAAAAAAAAAAAAAAGUUAUACACUACAGCCUGUCAUUCUCUACUGCCAUGGCACUUUCGGAAGCAGAGACCAAGCGUGAGUCUGAAAAUGGUUCGGCUGCCAACGAAAGCCAGAGCAACAAACGCAAAUGGUCUGUAACGUCCGAUGCCGACCGUGAAAGAUCGGAAUUCAGAUAUUCGUCACGUCGAGACCAUUCAGACGAAGAAGAGGAAGAGUUGGAUGAAUUUGGACGAGUAAAACGCCGUCGUCAAAAAUUCAGUAGAGAACGACCCGAUGUCGAAGAAGACCCAGUGGAGCAUACACGACGCUCUUCCUAUCGACCCGGGGAUACUGACGACGAGAGCGAUCGGUACCAUCGACGAUCGGAAAGACGAGGAUCAUCGUCCCAUCGCCGUCGCCACCGAUCUUCACGAUAUUCGGAUUCUGGCAGUGAGGAUGAGUACAAAAGCCGUCAUCGUCGACGACGUUCCAGUCAUGACCAUCAUUCGAUUGAUGGUCGUGAUCGCGAGCGCGACAGAGAGCGAGAGCGAGAACGUGAGCGUGAGCGUGAUCCGUAUGCUUCUGCUGGGCGUUAUCUCGACACCGAAUUCUUUCACAAAAAGAUUUACAUUGGUGACUUGGAAAACGUAUCAGAAAAGGAAGUGGAGGAAGCAUUUGAACGAUUUGGUCCGAUUCGUCAAAUCAAAUUGGUGGAAGGCAAAGCUUAUGGUUUCAUUACAUAUGAUGAUAAACUCGACGCUCUCAGCGCUAUUCGAAGCAUGAAUGGCGCUGUAUUAGGCUCUCGACACAUCAAAGUCAAUCGGGCCAAGAUACCUGAACGUAAUCGGGUUGGCUUUGGAAACGUCCCUUGGACAGAUGAAGAUGGUAUUCUUGCGAAAAAAGAAAUGCGACAAGUUCACGAAGAUCAGGAACUGUCUCCCUCCUAUACACUGGAUGACUCCAUCAGCAACUCUCCCACUGUGGUUGCACCGUCCAUACCUGGAAGAACACUGACAUCUUAUGAUGACUUGUAAAACUAUUUAUAACGUUUAAAGCGAACGGUAUUCUCAUUGUAUACAAAUCCUUUCAUACACUUUUUCUAUUCCGAUCUAAAAAAGAAUCGGUCUUUUGCAUUACUUCUCCCUAUUGUUCCUUGUCUCUUCAAAAGAAACAAUAAAAAGAAAAAAUUAUCAAAAAAA